AAAAGCCUUUCGUGAAUCAGGCGAUCCUUAUUGACUUAUUACUGCUCACGAGAGAUAUAGAAUAAAGAGAGAAGGGGGGCGAGGGCUAGAGGAGGACCGGCGAAGUAGAAGGAGAAGAAACCAACCGACGUCGUUUCAUCCACUCGUCUACCACAACAGGGUAUUUCUAGGGCGCAUGGUGUCCUCUACAGGCCUUAUUCGGGAACAAGUCCCGUCUUUUGUCUCCAGAAAAAGGCGGAAGGUUUCGGAUUUCGGGUGCCAAGAUCAAGACUCACAUCUAUGUAUAGGCAAUUAUGUUGAUACUUCCUCAUCCGCGCCGUCUACUGGGGAAGGGUGCUCUUCUCAAUGGUGUGCGGAUCUCGUUAAUGUUUCUUCGUCUUGCUGCAAUUUUGAUGAAAAAUAUGUUUCAACUUCUGCGAUGGAGAUGAGCUGCCAGUUGAAUGGCAAUGGCAGUGAUGUUCCACAGUCCUGUAAUACCGGGGGGACUUCAUACCCGGAUAAGAGUUAUGCUGUAUAUGUACCCCCGCCUGCUUUUGCGAGUGGCUGGAUGUAUAUUAAUGAACAAGGACAAAUGUGUGGUCCUUAUAUUCAGGAACAGUUGUACGAGGGUUUGUCUACUGGUUUCCUGCCCGAUGAGCUUCCUGUGUAUCCUGUGGUAAAUGGGGCAUUAAUAAAUCCUGUACCAUUGAAGUACUUCAGGCAGUUUCCCGAUCAUGUUGCCACUGGUUUUGCAUAUCUAAGUGUUGGCAACUCUUGCCCAAGCUCUUAUUCAGGUUCACAGCCAAUUUCCCAUUUACCUGUCAACAGCAGUUAUGGCUUGAAUCAGCCAAUGUUAAACCUUGAUGCAGUUAAUUCUAUUACUUCAUGUCAACUACCGUCAGGAGAGGAAUCUUGUUGGUUGUAUGAGGAUGACCAGGGGAGGAAACAUGGGCCGAAUUCUCUUUCAGAACUACAUGCUUGGCAUAGCUACGGCUAUCUCCAGGAUGUAUUAAUGAUAUAUCAUAUUGAAAAUAAAUAUGGACCCUUUACUUUGCUAUCUAUUAUGAAUGCAUGGAAAAGAGAUGGACCUGAAACUGUCUCCACAUCUGUUGCCAAAAGCAAAGAGACUGGUUCUUUGCUAAGCUUCAUCUCUGAAAUUUCUGAAGGAGUUUCUUCCCAACUGCACUCCAGCAUUAUGAAAGCAGCGCGUAGAGCUGUUCUGGAUGAAAUCAUUGGAAGCGUUAUUGGAGACUUUGUUACUACAAAGAAAGAUAAAAAACAUCUUAAACUUGAAUCAGUAAAUCAUGCUGCCCAAAAUAGCUCUUUAAAUGGAACAACGUCUAAAAUUGCAGGGGAAAGGAAGGAUUGUGCUUCUCCUGCAUGUGAGGUUGCAUCCUCCAUCUCUGUAGUUCAGCACGCUUGUAUAAAUAAAAUCUCAACACAGUCUCCUGCAGUCACUAAAUCUGUUGGAAGCAUUGAAAACUUUUGGGGAUCUAAUGCAGUUGUUUGUCGAAUGCUUUUUGAUUAUUGCAUGCAAGUGAUGUGGAAUGCUGUCUUUUAUGAUACUGUAGCAGAAUAUGCGUCUGCCUGGAGAAAGAGAAAACUUUGGUCUGGCCAUCCAAAAUUUGAGAUACCUGCUGGUGAAUUUAGGAACUGUGACCAAAAGCCUGAAACACUACCUGAUGAUUCUAGACAAAAAGAAUCUGUGUGUGUUGUUGAUUGCCCUCCUGGUUUUGAACCAAUGGCAAUGGUUACAGAUGAUCAUGCCCAGUCAUCAUCUAUCAUGUCUUCAUCAGCCCCUGGAGUAUAUCCAUCUGCAGAGAAAAGCUUGUCAUCCACUGAUCAUAGAUAUGCAGACAUGACAUGUAUUUUAGAAUGUGUAGAAAACCAACUUCAUUUUUCUGCGAUGGCAUCUUUGGAGGAGUAUCUUGAAAGUUUUGUUGAGGUGGAAGUGAGGAAAUUCUUUAACUCUAUAGAUGAUGAAAAAUUGAAUGAGGAUGAAUUAAGGACUGGUGCAAACAAAACAUCUGAUGAUUACCCGUCACAAGCAGCAAAACCCAUUAGUCAGUCUCUAUCUGAAAAUGGUGUGUCUAAUUUGUUGGCAAAUGCGUUUAAGAAUAUCUGCACAAAUGAUGAUAUGGGCGAAAAUGAAGAAAUUAAUGAGCCACUGCCUCCUGGAUUUGAAGACAAUCCUAAAACUAUCUUUCCAUUGCAUAUUUCUAAGUUUCGACCCUCAAGGUCAGAUGAGUGUAUCCCUAAGAUUGGAGAAUAUGUUGCAAUGGCAAUGUGCCGGCAAAAGUUGCAUGACGAUGUUCUUAGGGAAUGGAAAUAUUUUUUUAUGGAUGCUUUUCUUCACCAAUUUCUUGUAUCAUGGUUCACUCCUAAGAAACCCCGACAACCUGAUGGCAUUGAGGAAGGAGAAUUUGAUGCAAGUGAAGAACAUUUUGGCAAUUCUCUGACUUCACUGAGCAAGCACAUUCAUGAUCUUGGCUCUUCAAAAGAGUCCCAGGUUAUUGGUAAAUAUAUGUAUUACCGCAAGAAAAAAUUGUCACGGAAAAAGUUGGUUCCUACCCCUCAGUGUUUGAUUCCAGUUGAUGCUGGAGUAAGGAGUCAAUCUGCAGAAAAGUCUAGGAAACAUGUUGCGUGUAAACCGUCUGAGACUGCAGAAGUUGAAACUACUGCUGUGAGGACUAAAAUACUGGGGUCAAAAUCAAAUAAAAGCCGGGCUGAAUCAUUUGUUAAAGCUAGGCCUCCCCGAGACAUUAUUAAGAGUUGUUUGCCUGGUGACCGGUCAUCGGCCAAAAAUGCAAGUGGUCAAAAAGGAAUGAAAGUUGCUCAUACAGUUCAAAAUGAUGAGCUUGCAAAAGAUGUUAGACUUAAGGUUGCAAAGGAUUCUGUUAAGCCUAAGGUUACAAAAGAUGCUGUUAAACCUAAAGUUCCAAAGGAUGCUGUUAAAACUAAGGUUCCAAAGGAUGCUGCUGAACCUAAGGUUCCAAAGGAUGCUGUUAAACCUAAGGUUCCAAAGGAUGCUGUUAAAUCUAAGGUUCCAAAAGAUGCUGUUAAACCUAAGGUUCCAAAAGAUGCUGUCAAACCUGGCAGGGAUAGAGUUUUGAACUUACCUAAGAAUCUUAAUGAUGUUGAGAAGGUUGUUGAUAGCAAUGGCCAUGAUGUUGCAAUGCAGGGAGAGUUUACUGCAACGAAAGUGUCAAAGUUAAAAAGAAAGCAUAUAAUGGAUAGUGUGAUACUGUCACGUCCGGCUAAGGUUUCAAAAGUAGCUAAUAGUGCUGCCAAACAAGCAGCAUGUGGACAGGUUGGAGUACAAAAGACCAAGUCCAGUAAAUCCAGGACCUUAAAUCCCUGCCCUAGAUCUGAUGGUUGUGCUCGGUCAUCAAUUAACGGCUGGGAAUGGCAUAGAUGGUCACUAAGUGCUAGCCCUGCUGAAAGAGCUCGUGUGAGGGGAGUUCGGUAUGUUCAUACAAUGUAUUGUGGUACUGAGGUAAAUGCUUCCCAGUGGUCAAAUGGUAAGGGUCUAUCAGCAAGAACAAACAGGGUGAAGCUACGCAAUCUUCUCGCUGCUGCGGAGGGUGCUGACCUUUUGAAAGCCACUCAAUUAAAGGCAAGGAAGAAGCGCCUACGUUUCCAGCGGAGCAAGAUACAUGAUUGGGGUCUUGUUGCCCUGGAGCCAAUUGAGGCAGAUGACUUUGUCAUUGAAUAUGUUGGAGAACUAAUUCGUCCCAGGAUAUCUGAUAUACGCGAACGUCAUUAUGAGAAGAUGGGGAUUGGCAGCAGUUAUCUUUUUAGACUUGACGAUGGUUAUGUGGUUGAUGCUACGAAGCGUGGUGGAAUUGCUAGAUUUAUAAACCAUUCUUGUGAGCCUAAUUGCUACACCAAGGUUAUUAGUGUUGAAGGACAAAAAAAGAUUUUCAUUUAUGCAAAACGGCAUAUAGCUUCUGGUGAAGAAAUUACUUACAAUUACAAGUUCCCUUUGGAGGAGAAAAAAAUUCCCUGCAACUGCGGUUCUAGAAAGUGUCGUGGAUCAAUGAAUUAGGAAGUUGUUGGACUUGCCAAGCCUGUGCUUGUGUAGGUCAUUCUCUUGGGUUUUGCUUCUCAUAGUGGGCUAUGAUUUUUGCCAUAGGUUGGCACUCUUGGGAAGACUUUUGGUAUUGGCCUGCAUUUGGAGUUUUAGAAUAAAAGAUGAAUGAGUUGCAGCUGAGACCUUUGGCAGAGCUGAUUAUCAGUUGCUGCACAGCUAAUAGGCAUCAAGAGAAGCUGGAUGAUGUGAUUAUGAUGAGCGUCAUGGUUUAGACUUCUGCCUACUUGUCAAAGAUGAAAUACUGUCCCAUGUGCAUUCUUGUAGAUACCUGUGUUGCAGAUGAGUUUCUCCCCUUAGAAACUGUAAAUCAGUUUAUUGUUUCUUUGCUUACAUGACAAAUUGGAAUAUCAAUUUUUUGUACGAACAUGCAUUAUUCUUUAUUUUUAUAUACAAAAAAUAAGUUUUAUGUUGCGAAUGCUUGAAUGAUUACAAGGUUUCUGUUGGUAAUUUGUAGUUACUAGUAAAAACUGGUAUUUCCCUUCUACUCAAAACUGUCUUAACUUUGCUCAUGUUAUAUAAUGAGAAAUAAUAAAUAAAAAAAGAGAGAGCGGAUAACUGAAUAUUUCCCCAAUGCUCGAUAGCUUAUAUUAAUUACUGGAAAAGCUUGGGCAAGCCACCAAUUACUUAAUGUGUCUGAUGGUUGGGUUUGCAUUUUGAGCAGCUAUCUUGAUUGCUGGAAUUAGUCACAAUCUGUAUGGUGGAUCUGAUUCAAGUCUUGCUCUUGUUGAUGUGACUUCCUAAUAAUGAAAGCCCUUCAAUCCAUUAUGGUUUAUGAAAAAAUGGUGUGAAUUUGACCCCAAAAAAAGGGGACGUUUGAUUCAUGCUGGUAGCUCUGUGGAUCUCAUUUUAUCUGGGAAUGCUUGUAAGUAAAAAGGAUAAAGUGAAAAAAGAAAAAGAAAAAUAUAUAUUUUUUUUACUUGUUUUGCUAGUUUCUUGGACUAUGCUCAUAUUCUAUACCAGAUAAUUUUAUGGUUUUAAAGGAUAAAUGAAAGUUGCAACAAAUUAAGUGGGAAGAGAUGGUUUGCUCAUUUAGCUUGCUUGCAAAAACGAUUCAUUACUUGCUAGAGUUUUUACUCUAGCGGAUUGUUUAUUACAAUCAUUUGAAGGCAAUUUUGUAAACUCAAUUCGCCAGAGGUGUUAGUGUGGUCAACUUAGUUAUGCAAACUCUAAACCGUAAGCUGGGUUUUAAGUAUUUUUCAGGAGAAGCCAAAUGGGAAAUAUUUUCUUUCUCAGACAAAUCUAUAAAAUUCUGUGAGAGUUCUUCCUUUAUUUUAUUUAUUUUGUUUCUUUUUUCAUUAAAUCUUUUGGUUGCAGGAGUAGAUCGACUAGGAACACCACCUUAGCUGCUGGGUGGAGGUCUAUUUGUGUCCUCUUGGUACGUUUUUCUUUCCUUCUUUUUAUCAUUCCUGGUACUUUACAAUUCUUGCGACUCCUAAAUCUUAUGAAAGGUAUUGGGCCCACCCACAGAUACUGUUGGUCGAUGAAAGCUUAAAUUAACAACAACAAAAAAAAAAAUGGCCAUUUUGAAGAGGCAUGGAACCCGCAAAGAAGAAUGCAUGUGAAUAAUUUCGGCUCGAAUUCCGGUCUAACUGAACUGAGAAACAUAACUUCGCAACAAUCUGGUAACUAGUUACGAGAACCAUUAAAAAAAUAAAAAGAUAUAAAAAUCAGUUCAACUAAUUGAGUUGGUUGGCCAACUUGGCCAUACAGGUUCCAGAAAAUUGAAAUGAAGCUCAAAAUAAAAAAUUGAUGUGAUCCAAUUUAUGUUUGUAGAUUUGGGGCCCUCGUGGAAAAUCCAAUUAUAGCACUUUCCAACUUCUAAAUACAACAAAUUUCUAUAAGCAGGAAUUGGAGAAUUCAUAUGGUGGUCUAUAAUACAAAAUAUUAUCUUCCACAUCAAAUUUUAUGAGUGGAGAAUUCAUAUUUGAACUAGUUUGUAAUAGAUCUCCAAUAUUCUCUUUUUCGGUUCAAUUGGUUGAACUGGUACUAUUACCUGGGCACGAUGACUAUGAGCAAUUGAAUAUUGAAAAAUUGACCAAACAAUUAAAUAAUAUGCAAUGAUGGCGAAGGUUCUUAGUCCCUAUGAGCAAUUUCCUGCAUUAGGGCGUCAAGAGCUAUUGCUAUUCUCACACAACUUGUUUUACACCUUCCUUUCCGAACCACAUUAGACAUCACUUGUCUUAUUCAAGUUGUGUACAAAGACGUAGGACCUGCAAAAGGAAUUGUAUAAUUUCGUUUAGAGAUUAAUUAGGGUGUGCUAAUGGAAAUGUUGGAAAUAAACUUGAUCUUGUAUGCUAGAAUUGAAAAACUCAAAAACUUGGGGGAUUGAGCUUCAAUAAUUGGAGGCAGUCUUGACUUUCCUUAAAUGUGGGUUGAGUCAAAAGGCGGAUUAGUUGACAAGCCCAAAUAUACUAUCAUGUUGUGUACUGGAAGUGUUGUACUUUGCUAGUCUUACCCACAAGCAUAAAUGUUAUUCAAGGAGCGCAUAUGCUUCAUGGUUCUUAUGUGCGUAUUGCUUGACACAUAAUGGUCAUUAUCUCAGUUGAUUUGAGUAAAAUGGUUACAGUUCUUAAUCUUGAGACUCUUUAAUUUUUUAAAGAAUGUCCAACCAACUUCGACUCUCCUCUCCUUUCCUCUCCCACAAGUCCUUGCAUUCAAAUAUAGGGUUGGUUCCUUGUUUAAAUUGGGCAUAUGAAACUGAAGAUCCUUCCCAUUUUUUCUGGUGUAUGAAAGAAGUAACUCCGCCUGUGUUUAUUUUUUUCAUUCUCUUGUAUUUGACACAGCCGGUCCCAAGCCCGGAUGAAGGAGGAGGGUUCGUGUUUUAUUUAGAAAAAUAGAUUAUGGAGCUUAUGUCAAAUAGGAAUUAUACACUCAAUGAGGUUUGGGUUAAGGCUUCAUUAGUUGUAUAUAAACUUGAAGUAACCCUAGAUAGUUUGUCCAAGACAAAAAUGAGAUCGUUAAGGAGAACUGCACGUGCCCAAAAGUGUUACAUAGCUAUCAUUUGCAUGGAGGACUAUUUUCGACAUGUGGGAGCAAACAACAUAAAGCUGGUUAGAGAAGAUUUGUAUGGUCGAAGGUGGAAUUUCAUGGUUCUACUAAAAUUUAUAGGAAUUGAGACCGCAACCUGUUAAUAUCUUGAACGCUCCAUUUCCAAGACAUACGUUGGUUAGUGUCUUCAAAUUUGUUCAUUGCUAUCUCGCCCCUGUUCCCACUCCUAGGUUACUUGGGGUUAUCGGCUUGCUUUAGAUCUUCAUCUUUUCAUGCAAGCAACAACUCUAAUGACAAUGAAUUUCUCAACGUUUUUCUGUUGUAAAUUGUGAUUGGUGUACAAUAAAAAUGAUGUUAAUAAUAGUCUCUUGCUAAGUGAUGUUACACUAA